AUGCAAAUUCAUUUCAAAAUUAACGAACAGCAGCAGCAUCUUAAGGAAUGGGCGCACCUCAAUUUGCUGCUCCCGUUCCCGCUGAUGCUGCUGCAUGCAGCCAACACUGCCAACGUGAGCAGCAGCAGGGCCGAGGGCUGCAGCAGCAGCAGCAGCAGCAGGAGCAGCAGCAGCUGCGUCAGCAACUUUUGCAGUCAGAACGGCAGCAGCAGCAGCAGGAACAGUGGAAUUCGGGGCUCCGGUGACAGCAGCAGCUGCUGCUGCGGUAACGACACCGGCAGCUGCAGCAACUGCAGCGGGACUGCAGCAGCAGCAGCAGCAGCUAGGAAGCAGCAGCAGCCGCAGCUGCAAACUCUCAUAGGAGGACAGUGGUGGGCAGGUUCAGCAUGGGCCGCAGGAGCAACGACAGCAACGAGGCCAGCAGCAAAUACUGGAGAAGCAGCAGCAGCAGCAGCAGCGCGAGCAGCACGGACGCCAGCAGCAGCAGCAGCAGCAGCAGCAAUCCAGCUCAACACCCGCAGGUGCUUCAUCCCCAGAUAUAAAAGGGUCCUAAGCAGCAAGCAGUGCAGCAGCCGCAGCAGCAGCACCAGCAGCCGCAGCCGCAGUAGCAGCAGCAGCAGCAGCAGCAGCCGCAGCAGCAGCAGCAGCAGCAGCGGGCACAGCAGCAGCAGCAACGGCCGCCGCCGCAGCAGCAGCAACAGGGGGAUCGUAAAGCUGCUUUACACAGCGAGUUGGCGUUUCUGCUGCAUGAAGAGCAGCAUCAACAGCAGCAGCAGCAGCAGCAGCAGCUGCGGUGGGGAGCGCAGCAGCAGCAGGAACAGUUGCAGCAGCAGUAGCGAGUGCGGCAGCAGCAGCAGCAGCGACAGCAGCAGCAGCGAAAAUGAGGCGAAGAGAUAA